AUGCAAGCAGCGAGAUGUCCCACGGAUGAACUGUCAUUAACCAACUGUGCUGUGGUGAAUGAGAAGGACUUCCAGUCUGGGCAACAUGUUGUUGUGAAGACUUCUCCCAACCACAAAUACAUCUUCACGCUGAGAACCCAUCCCUCGGUUGUUCCUGGCAGCAUCGCGUUCAGCCUGCCCCAGAGGAAAUGGGCCGGACUUUCCAUCGGACAAGAGAUAGAUGUUUCCUUAUACACUUUCGACAAGGCUAAGCAGUGUAUUGGCACAAUGACAAUCGAGAUCGAUUUUCUGCAGAAGAAGAGCAUUGACUCCAACCCCUACGACACGGACAAGAUGGCUGCUGAAUUCAUCCAGCAGUUCAACAGCCAGGCCUUCUCCGUGGGCCAGCAGCUUGUGUUCAGCUUUAAUGACAAGCUUUUCGGCCUCUUGGUAAAGGACAUGGAAGCCAUGGACCCCAGCAUUCUCAAAGGAGAGUCUGGAGCCAGCAAAAAGCAGAAGAUUGACGUUGGUUUGGUUCUUGGAAACAGUCAAGUUGCCUUUGAAAAAGCUGAGAACUCCUCUCUCAAUCUGAUCGGUAAAUCAAAGACCAAGGAGAACCGCCAGUCAAUCAUCAACCCAGACUGGAAUUUUGAGAAAAUGGGCAUCGGGGGUCUCGACAAAGAAUUCUCAGAUAUUUUCCGGCGAGCUUUUGCUUCUCGAGUUUUUCCACCCGAAAUUGUGGAGCAAAUGGGCUGCAAGCACGUGAAGGGCAUUCUCUUGUACGGCCCCCCAGGCUGCGGCAAAACGCUGAUGGCCAGGCAGAUCGGCAAGAUGCUCAACGCCAGGGAACCCAAGGUGGUCAACGGGCCAGAAAUCCUCAACAAGUACGUGGGCGAAUCCGAGGCCAACAUCCGCAAGCUGUUUGCUGAUGCAGAAGAGGAGCAAAGAAGGCUUGGAGCAAACAGCGGCGUGCAUAUCAUCAUUUUUGAUGAGAUUGAUGCAAUCUGCAAGCAGAGAGGAAGCAUGGCGGGUAGCACUGGCGUCCACGAUACUGUUGUAAACCAGUUGCUGUCUAAAAUUGAUGGAGUAGAGCAGCUCAACAACAUCCUAGUGAUUGGAAUGACCAACAGACCUGACCUGAUUGAUGAGGCUCUGCUGAGACCGGGAAGGCUGGAGGUGAAAAUGGAGAUUGGCUUGCCGGACGAGAAGGGUCGGUUUCAGAUUCUUCACAUCCACACGGUACGGAUGCGGGAGCACCAGCUGCUGGCUGAAGAUGUGGACAUUGCAGAACUGGCAGUUGAGACUAAAAACUUCAGUGGUGCUGAAUUAGAAGGUUUAGUUCGAGCUGCUCAGUCUACUGCGAUGAACAGACACAUUAAGGCCAGCAACAAGGUCGAAGUGGAUAUGGAGAAGGCAGAGAGCUUGCGUGUGACGAGAGGAGACUUCUUUGCGUCUUUGGAGAAUGAUAUCAAACCAGCGUUUGGAACCAAUCAGGAAGACUAUGCAAGCUAUAUCAUGAACGGUAUUAUUAAGUGGGGUGAUCCAGUAACAAGGGUAUUGGAUGAUGGAGAGCUGCUUGUUCAGCAAACUAAGAACAGUGACCGCACUCCUUUGGUUAGCGUUCUUCUAGAAG